UGAGGGCGAGCAGUCACAAUCCCUCAAGCUGCUUGAACUUCAGGAUUUGAAAGUGUACAGCACAACACAACAAUACAUUUGCUGGCCAACGUCCAACACGGCACCCUGGUCUGAGCCAAAAGCAGUCAAAUAAAGUGUGGCGUAAAAGACGGUGGCAAGAAGAUGAACGGGUCCCUGGACCACCCCGACCAACCAGAUGUGGACGCCAUCAAGAUGUUCGUGGGCCAGAUCCCGCGCUCCUGGUCUGAGGAGCAGCUGCGUGAGCUCUUCGAGCCGUACGGCGCCGUCUACGAGAUCAACGUUCUCAGGGACCGCAGCCAGAACCCGCCACAGAGCAAAGGAUGCUGUUUCAUCACGUACUAUACUCGCAAGUCGGCCUUGGAAGCACAGAACGCUCUUCACAACAUGAAGAUUCUUCCAGGGAUGCACCACCCCAUUCAAAUGAAGCCGGCUGACAGUGAGAAGAACAACGCGGUGGAGGACAGAAAGCUGUUCAUCGGGAUGAUCUCCAAGAAGUGUAAUGAGAACGACAUGCGCUUGAUGUUCUCGCCCUACGGACAGAUCGAGGAGUGUCGGAUACUCCGAGGCCCCGACGGACUGAGCCGAGGUUGUGCGUUUGUGACAUUCACAGCCCGACAAAUGGCCCAAGCCGCCAUCAAGUCCAUGCACCAGUCCCAGACCAUGGAGGGCUGCUCGUCACCCAUCGUGGUGAAGUUUGCCGACACCCAGAAGGACAAGGAGCAGAAGCGCAUGGCGCUGCAGCUGCAGCAGCAGAUGCAGCAACUCAGCGCCGCGUCCAUGUGGGGAAACCUGACCGGGCUGGGGAGUCUGGGGCCGCAGUACCUUGCGAUUUACUUACAGCUGCUGCAGCAGUCAGCCUCCACGGGGAACGCACUCAGCAACCUGCACCCCGCUUCAGGUCUGAAUGCCAUGCAGAACUUGGCCGCCUUAGCAGCAGCGACCGCCAGCCAGGCCUCAGCCACCGGCUCCAGUGCCCUGACUACAUCAAGUAGUCCACUGAGUGCGCUAACCAGCUCAGGCUCCUCCCCCACCUCCAGCAGCACGUCGUCCGUCAACCCCAUUGCAUCUCUGGGAACGCUGCAGUCUCUGGCCGCCGGCACGGGAGCCGGCCUCAACAUGGGCUCGCUCGCAGGAAUGGCGGCUCUGAAUGGCGGCCUGGGCUCGGGAGGCCUGUCUAACGGCUCUGGCAGUACCAUGGAAGCGCUGAGUCAGGCGUACUCUGGAAUCCAGCAGUACGCCACCGCCGCCGCGCUGCCGGGCCUCUACAACCAGAGCCUGCUCUCACAACAGAGCGUCUCAGCCGCCGGGAGCCAAAAGGAAGGUCCAGAAGGCGCCAACUUGUUCAUUUACCACCUCCCCCAAGAGUUUGGCGACCAGGACCUGCUCCAGAUGUUCAUGCCCUUUGGCAAUGUCAUCUCAGCCAAGGUCUUCAUUGACAAGCAGACCAACCUCAGCAAGUGUUUUGGCUUCGUGAGUUACGACAACCCGGUGUCGUCGCAGGCCGCCAUCCAGUCCAUGAACGGCUUCCAGAUUGGCAUGAAGCGGCUCAAGGUGCAGCUCAAGCGCUCCAAGAACGACAGCAAGCCGUACUGAACGCUGGCGGCCGCUUCCCGCUCUCUCUCACCGAGCGUAGGAGCUGCGCUGGUAAGUGGAGUCGCAAACGUACGGUAGGGGGCGCCGCCCGCCGGCCCCCCCCCCCCGUGCUCGCGGACGGACUGGAUUCUUCCCGUGUACUCUUUUGUGGUUCAUGCACUUUGUUUUACCUCCGGCGAGAGCGACAAACUGCUGUGUUUUCUUUUUCGUUUGCUGUGCUACCUUUGAUACCUUGAUUGUUACCACGUGUUGCACUUGGACAGCUUGGUGCCCAAUUUGUUUUCUCUGUUGUG